AUGCCAACCUCUGAAGUAAAGGACGGUGAGGCAACUGGAAUUGUUCCAAAGAAUCGUCAACAAUACAGCGAAGCAGACAAAAAGAACACUGAGAAAGGUUACAGGGCUAAGAAGAUGUUGGUUUGUGGUAUAGGCGCUGAAGAAUAUAAUCAUGUUUCUGCAUGCAAAUUAGCAAAAGAUAUCUGGGAUUGUCUCAGGACUUCUCAUAAAGGUACUGAGCAGGUGAAGGAAUCAAAGGUGGAUAUGUUUUCUUCUCAAUAUGAAAAUAUCAGAAUGAAGGAAGGGAAAACUAUUCAUGACAUGUAUACUAAACUUUCCUCAAUAACUAAUGAUCUACGAUGUCUUGGAGAGACAAUCAGUACUAGUAAGCAAGUUAGCAAAGUUCUUCGAAUUCAUCCUAAGUCAUGGGAAAGCAAAGUAUAUGCUAUCACUGAAGCCAAGGAUCUGAAAGUUUUGAGGAUGGAUGCUCUUAUUGGAAAUCUCAAGACAUAUGAAAUGACUAGAAGUCAAGACCUCUCAAAGAAGGAGUCCAAGAAAGACAAGUCUCUAGUACUCAAAUUUUCUCCUUGA